CCCACCCCCACCGCCACCGUCCUCCUUCAUUUCUCCGCAGAUAAAAUGGCUGAUUCUAAAAUCAGGAAUGUUAUAAACAGGAUCUUCACGGCGUUGUUAACUUGCGCUUUUGCUUUAGGAGGGGCGGGGAUAGGGAUAAUAACGGGGGCGAUCAAAGGGCAAACGACGGAAACGGGAUUAGUUCGUGGAGCCGGUGUGGGUGCAGUGACUGGUGCAAUCACGGCGUUGCAAUUAAUGGAAAUGAUGGCAAAUGGCGAAUCAUUCUCUAAGGUGGCACUGUUACAUAGCCUUCUAAACGGGAAAGUGUUCAUGGAAUGGGUCAGUCCUGCUGUGCUCAAGGCUUAUCAAUGGCAAGUAAGUCAAAACACCCUUCCAAAAUAUCAACCACAAUCU